UUCCGGAGGGGCGGAAGCGGCGGCCGGUGCGCGGAGCGCGGCCAUGGGCACCCGCGGGCUGAGGGAGGCCGUGGUGGAGCUGGAGCCGGGGCAGGCCCGCGAAGGCAGCACAGACAGAGGGCCUGCCGAGGGCCAGCCUGUGGUCAUCCUCCUGGGCUGGGCCGGCUGCCAGGACAAAUACCUGGCCAAAUACAGCGCAGUCUACAGCCAGAAGGGCUGCACAGUCAUCCGUUACACAGCACCAUGGAGGAUGAUAUUCUUCUCUGAGAGCUUUGGCAUCAGAUCCCUGCAGACCCCAGCCAGGAGACUCCUGGAGCUGCUCUUUGACUACAGAGUUGAGAACAGACCGGUUCUUUUCCACGUUUUCAGCAAUGGUGGUGCCAUGCUGUACCGUUACAUCAUCGAGGCGCUCCACACCCACACACCCUUUCAGAGCCUCAAGGUAGCCGGCACCAUUUUCGAUAGCGCCCCUGGCAGAAGAAACUUGCAAGGAGCCCUUCGUGCCCUGGCAACUGUCCUGGUCUCCAUGAACGUGCUGCUCAAGUAUUUCCUGCUGUUCACUUUUGCCACCACGGCCGUGGUGCUGCGGAUCCUGCUGUACCCCCUGACCCGCUUCAUCCACCAGAGCCAUUACGACGCCCUGCUGAAAGCACCCUCGCGCUGGCCCGAGCUCUACCUCUACUCCCAGGCUGAUCUCAUCAUCAAGGCCAGCGAGGUUGAGCUCAUGGCCAGUGCCCGGGAGCAGCUCGGGGUUCCUGUGAAAACCGUGGACUUCUCAGAUUCGCCUCACGUCAGCCACAUGCGGGUGUACCCCACCUAUUACCACAGCCUGUGCACCACUUUCCUGGCUGACUGUGUAGGGGCCUCACCUUCUUAGAGCUCUAAUGACCUUCAGUGUUUGCCUUUCCUUGCUCAGCUCCUAUGGGAAAUGUCACCUCCUUUGCUUUUGUGUCUUUAAAGUGAGAAAAGUAGAGGCUUCUUGUUUGGUUUGUUGUAUUUUUUUCCCCCUACCGUCUACAACUCUGAAAGCCUCCAGCUUGGCCUUUGGACCAGCUGUGUUAUAGCAGAAAGUAGAUAUGGAUUAAUUUAAAGUCCUGAAGGUGAAAUCCUGUCAUGGUUCAUGUUGAUGUGCUCUACCAAGGUGUCACAGACCAGAAUCUCACACUGAGUAUUAUUUGUUUCUUCCUGUCUCUUCUUGUUCUUUGCUCUCCAUGUUGUGUCCUUGUCCCUGAUGUCCAAGGUGCAUGUUCUGUUGCUUGUAUUAAUUUUACAAUACAACUCUUCCAUGUC